AUGGAAGCGGCGCUGCCCAGUUGUACACACAGGAGUGUACUCGCCAACCACUUGUCCAAGUUGCCGGCGUCCAGCAGCCAGGAUCAAGCUCAGCUUGGCCUUCCCGGUGCUACUACAGCGCUUGCAACGCUGCUUGUUCCAGCAAGCGCAGGCUUUGUAGGCCUCGCCGCUCGACGCCGUGUCUGGUCGAAGGCAAAGAGGUCAGAAAAGUGGUGUGCAAAACUGACCAGACUGACCUGCUCACGGUCCGACAAGGAUGGUGACGAGGGCUCCAAAGCCUCCAAGGAGGAAAGAAAUGACAUUCAGGACACUGGCGCUGGUGGCCCGGAUGAGCUUGAUGAUGCAGCCUUUUUUGCAGCUUUCCGAAAGCGAGCCCAGGAAGUUGAGCAGCAAGAGAUGGAACGACAAGGUGUAGUUGACCGAAACUGGCAGGCUGGACGUGCUGAUGUAAAGGUGGGUGCUGUUGCAAACGACUGGGUUCGCCGCGUGAUCUUGGUCGACGACGAACUCUUCGUCGGCACCGCUACGCGCGGCGUGCAGAGAUAUGGGCUAGGCAGUGAUGAGCCUCGGCAGUUUUUUCCUGUCAGCGGUGACCCGACCCGAAGUGUUCCGGCAGACCACCAGGCAGAGUACGACCCUGAGACAUCUGUGACAUCCAUUGCAUGGAGCGGCAGGUGUUUGUUCGCAGGGCUGGCUGGUGGGCGAGUGCACGCAUGGAGGGAAGAUGGCACGCUCCUGUUAGACACGGUGGUUUGUCCAGAGAACUUUGCACGCCCUUGCUUCGUGUACGUGCAUGAGAACAUGCUGAUUGCUGCUGCAGGCGAGGCGGUCAUGCGCUGGCAUGUGGAUGAGCUGGAGUCCGAUGAGUCUGAUGGGGCCAAGCAGCCUGCCAGGAUUAAGGUGAAUGGCAACGUGCACAGCUUGGCCGCAGGAUUUGAGGGAAGCUUCGCUCUCGGAUUGGAGGAUGGGACUCUGGAGGUUCGCAGCCUGGAGCAUCUUAACCUGCUAUCCCGACGCGCAGGCGCACAUCGCUUCGCCAUCUCGGCCGUGCUUGUAACAGCGGAGCAGAUACUGACCGGGGACGCCGCUGGGAACCUGGUGUCCUGGCGCGCCGGGGCUGCGAUGCCCGGGGAGGACUGGGAGAAGCUUUGGCAGCGCGAGCAUCGAGGCCGGGUGGUGGCCAUCAGCCAGGGUGGUGGUGAGGUCAUUGUCAGUGCCGCCCUGGACAGCUUCAUUCGUGUUUGGAAUGCCGAGUCCGGGGACCUGCUCUUUGCUAUUCCAGAGCAUCGUGUGUGGCUUGGUUCACUGAGUAUGUCCCCGGACUGCAGCCUCAUGGCCACAGAUGGAAGGGACAACGCUGUGUACCUCUACAGAUUCAGUGAAGACUGA